AAAUACCUCGCUUUCUCCAUUCUUUUCUCUCCCAAACGCAAAGCAUAUCACCUAAAACAGCAUCCACAUCCUUUCUCCCACUCUAGGGUUUCGUCAUCUCUCUCCUUCGUCUCCAAUACCAACACCAGGAAGUUGGCAGUUCAUUCUGCUACAUUGCAGUCAAAGUGGAGUGUGUGAAGUCUGUACCCUAUUUUAUGUCUGAACGGGCCUCUCUCUAUUGGUCGUCAAUUGGAUUGCUCGGUGAAUACUGUCCCACUAGAAAAAAGUACAGGUUUACUGCUGCUGAAGUUGAAUGCAUCCAUCUUGGAUCAUUAGAAGACAAUAACACUCAGUCCCUUGGUUGCCAUUUUAUGCAACCUGUUCCUGCUGCUGACCUAUCUGAUACAGGAGCCCUUCUCGUAUAUUGAUCGUCUCUCACACCGUUAUUGAAGAUGGCUCUGCAGAACAUUGGUGCCUCCAACCGUGAUGAUGCCUUCUACAGGUACAAGAUGCCGAGGAUGAUUACUAAAAUUGAAGGUAGAGGAAAUGGCAUCAAGACUAAUGUGGUCAACAUGGUGGAAAUUGCAAAGGCCUUGGCGAGACCCCCUUCUUAUACCACCAAGUAUUUUGGCUGUGAGCUUGGAGCACAGUCAAAGUUUGAUGAGAAGACGGGAACAUCUCAUGUGAAUGGUGCCCAUGACACAGCAAAGCUUGCUGGACUUCUUGAGAACUUCAUUAAGAAGUAUGUGCAAUGCUAUGGUUGUGGGAAUCCUGAAACUGAGAUCAUCAUCACCAAGACACAGAUGUUGAAUCUCAAAUGUGCGGCGUGUGGUUUUGUUUCUGAUGUUGACAUGAGGGACAAACUAACUACUUUCAUCCUCAAGAAUCCUCCAGAACAGAAGAAGUCUGCAAAAGAGAAGAAAGCUUUGAGGAGGGCAGACAAAGAGCAGCUUAAGGAAGGUGAAGCUGCUGACGAGGAGCAAAAGAAGCUCAAGAAGGAGGCGGCCAAAAAGAAAGGCACUUCUGGCUCUAAAGUUUCAAGCAAAAAGAAAACUGCCGGCUCUGAUGAGGAUCACUCCCCUACUCUAACACAUGGAAAUGGAAUUGCCCAAGCUGCUGAAGACGACGAUGAUGAUGAUGAUGAUGUCGAGUGGCAGACAGACACCUCCGUUGAGGCAGCUAAGAAGCGAAUAGAGGAGCAGUUGAGCGCUGCUACUGCUGAUAUGGUCAUGCUUUCUACCACGGAAGAGAAGAAAAAAUCCCCGCCGAAGUCUCCAGAGCGUGAAAAGAAAGCUGAAGUCAAGAGUGAGAAUGGAGCUGAGAGUGUUCGUGAGAAGCUUGUUGAUGAAAUCAGGAAAGCCUUGAAGGCGGGGAACAAUGCCAACCAGCUUAAAUCCUUGUUGGCUAAUCUUUUUGGUACUCCCCAAGAGAAGAUGGAUGCUCUACUCGAAGCUCUGUUUGAAGGUGUUGGAAAGGGGUUCUCCAAGGAGGUGAACAAGAAGAUCAAGUACAUCUCUGAAGCAACUAAAGCUGAAGGCUCUCAGCUGGUUUUGUUGCGUGGCUUUGAGUCUUUCUGUGGUAAGGCGAACCCCGACGCUACAAAGGAGGUGGCCUUGGUUCUGAAAUCACUGUACGAUGAAGAUGUGCUGGAGGAGGAAUACAUAAUGAAGUGGUAUCAGCAAGGCGUAAGUGGCAAUGGGAAGAGCUCCCCGAUUUGGAAGAACAUUAAGCCUUUCAUUGAUUGGCUCCAGAGUGCUGAGUCGGAGACUGAAGAGGAGUGAGUGCAUUACUAAUGCUUGCUUGCAUUAUCUUCUGCUUGAUUACUACCAGUAACUAUGAAUUUGUGGUUUCUUAUUUUGUUUUUUAAAUGGUGUAUUAGUUGUCUGUCUGGAAAUAAUUGGGGACUUGCACUUGGGUGUGUCCUCCCUGCCCCUGUUAUGUUUUGCUGUUUGAUUGAAUUGAACUUGUUUGGUUUUGUUA